AUGGCCAGCGAAAUCGACAUCUACAACCAAUACCCAAUCCACAUGGAUCCAGCCUCAAAGGCCCUCUCCCUCCAAAGCAGCACAACCCCAAACCAAAAAGCCCUCCUAACAACCGAACUCGAAGAACUAAACGCCCUCCACCGCAACCUAAUCUCCCUCGACCCACCAAACAUCCCCCCAGCGCCCCUCCCCCUAAACCCCAAGCGCAGCGCCCAAAUCAGCAAGCUGCGCGAUAGCGCAAACGCCGCUUACCGCAAGUCAAACUACGACGAGGCUAUCAAGCUCUACACCUACGCUAUCGAUAUGGGUCUUGCGCGACCUGGCUGGGAGCCUGUUGCUGUUGCCCGUGAGGAACUGGCGGGUCUGUAUGGGAAUCGGGCGCAGGCUUAUAUGGCUCAGCAGGCUUGGCCGGAGGGAUUGGUUGAUGCUAAGGCUAGUGUGGAUUCGAAGCCGGUGGGGAAUGUUAAGGCUUGGUGGAGGAUUGCGAAGAGUUUGGCGGAGAUGGGGAGGUAUGAGGAGAGUAGGAAGUUUUUGCAUAAGGGGCUUGAUAUUGAGGGGAAGGAGAGUGAGGGGGCUUGA